CUGGCCGCUCCGGUCUGUACCCAUUGAGCGUGGGGGGAGUGCCAAGCUAGGAGCUCAACCGGGAGAGCAUCAUCAAUCAACAAACGCGAGCGCCAUUGCAACCACCACCACCACCACCCACCUCCUCCGACCCCACACCACGCCAUCGUCUCGAUACGGAAUGGACGCAUCGGUCUACAACGCGCUCGACAAUCUGGAGCGCAACAUCCAGCAGCUGCUCGAGUCCGUAGCGUCGUACAACCCCUCCCCGGCCGGCGCCGUAGCGCUCGUGCAGUCGGACGAUGAGCUCACGUUGACGUUGAAGAAACUGGAAGAGCACCAGCAAGCCACGCAGCGAAUCCUCACACUCAGUGCGACCAGCGCCUUGCUCGACUCGCAGCUGACGUCGCUGCUGUCGACACUCUCGGCCGCGCGCCAGCAGCUGCUCGCUACCCCGUCAACCCGCUUCACAGUCCCCCCGCGCGAAGUUGCUUACAACGACCUCCUCGCCUACGCUGCGAAGAUCUCGAAAUACUCCCGCCCGUCGAAUCCCGCCGCCUUCCGGAAGCACGCCAGCGCUGGAGGGGGAAAGGUGAAGGUGGAGGAGGAGGAGCAGGAGCAGCAGGAGCAGCAGGAGCCGCCCCCCCUGGGCAUGUCAGAGGAGGAGUUCACGUCGCUCGAUCCGUCGGGGAACCUACAGUUCACGCCGUGGCCAAAUGAGAUCUUGAUGCGGCAGGGCGCGCUACAGGCCGUUGGCCCGGAUGGCGUGCCCGAGGAUAUGGUGCCCGAGGCCGAGAGGAGGAAGAUCGAGGAGGAGGGGGAGAAGGUGCGCAGGGAGAUGGAGAGGGUUGUUAAUGGCGGACCGAGCGACGCAGACGAGAAGGCCCGCAGGAAUAGUGGUUAUGCACACCCCGCCCCCCAGCGCGAUAGACCCCCCGCUCCUCUCCCGCCGCCACCGCCGCCCCCGCAGGGCUCCCUCACGUUUGAUUUGUGGCAGGAUGAGGGCGAUGAUGAUUAGGCGAUUAGGCCCGCGGAGUGGGGGAUACCAUGUUUUCCAAUUCUUCUGUAUGCAAGUUCUACUGCGAAGUCGGGCAGUCGUAAUGCAAUGCCACUGCACCACUGCUAUAUAUGUAGAACUUAGGGCGACGUCCCGCUUCGUUCGUUCGUUGAUCUCGUGUGUAAAUCAAGCUACAAUAAGAAAGUCGCGAACCGACAACUUACAAGGCUAAGGCUGCGGCUCCCACUCCAACUAAACUCCACAUCCUAC